CGUUAAUUUGUGCAAUUUACCAUGGCGGGACGGAUACAUUUAUAUGAUAGUGACAAAAAUAGCCGGCACAUUACUUAGAAGAAGACUUCCCAUUCGACUGACUAACAACACUUCAUUUCUAUUCUCCAAAAUGCCUCCAACUAUUAGAGUAAACGACCCUUUAAUUGACUCCACAGGUAAGAAAGUGAAAUUGUAAAAAAGAUUCUUUUUUUAAUAUGUUUACGAUGCGCAGCUGUUCUCUGACCUUGAGCUGUUGUUCGUUGGGAUGUUUGUUCCAUCAGACUUGGCAGCAGAAAUAGAAGCAACCUUAAAGCAAAGAAUAAUGAUCCUUGAUGGUGGAAUGGGGACCAUGAUCCAAAGUUAUCAUUUGGAAGAAGAGGAUUUUAGAGGUAACUUCAGUUUUCUGAUACUGAUAGUUGGCCCAGUAACAGAGCGAAAAAACGGUGUGUGACGUAACUAGUGAUCAGAAUUCGAUCUUCUUUUAGGGGUAUUUUUAAUCUAAAUUUGUACAAGUAGUUGGAUUGUUCAAUUUUCCAGUUUACUUCAAAGGCUUUUUGUUAUCACUGCAUCAAAUAAUUCAGUCGAAUAGGCCUUGUUCUAGGUAAUUGUUGCGUUCAUCUGUUCAUGUCACGCAAUGUUGAAGGUUGUGCAAGUUUACCAUAGAUCAUUCAGUAAAAUCACUGCACGAAUUAUGUGACGACUGAUUGAUACCACGGUUUUAGAAAACUGACAAAAGUAGUAUGGGAAGAAUAUUAAGAAAUCGAUGUCCUAUGACUUCCUACGGUGUCCCAUGAAAACGUAAUUUUGUCCUCGUAGAGAAAAAUUAGGAUCGUACAACUGAGAAAUCGAUAACUGUGCUAAAGUGUGUAAGGCUUGACUUAAUUACACAUUUAGACAAAGCAGAAAUUCUCAGCCGUGAUUUAAUGCACUAUUUGUUUAGCCGAUCUGCCUCUUGAAGGGCAUUUGUUGCUGUAAUUUUUAUGUUGUAGUUCAACUUUUUUUUUUGACAUAAAAAUUUCGAAACCACUGUGUUAUUAUGAUCUUUUGGAUUAAUAGAAUAAUUACCUUGACAAUUCGAAUCUGCGUCGAUAUGUGUCUGUGCAUUAAUAGAUCACAAAUGACAUCAAAAUGAGGUAACAAUAUGUCAGUGAUGUUCUUCACCCUUUAACUCCCAUGAGUGACCAAGACAGAAUUUCUCUUUACAAUGUCAAUACAAUAUCAACCAGAUACGCAAUAAGAAUAAAGAAAAAUAUCAAUUUGGGACUGAUUAGUUGAUUCAAUAUUAAAUUCCCUGAACUAACACUAAGAAUUUUAUGGUUGACAGUUAGGAGAAUUACAAAUUUGAUCUGGGAGUUAAAGGGUUAAGGCAUUUUAAGGUCUUCUGUGAUUAAUCAUUAAAAGUUUAAUCAUUAAAGUGUCACACAGCAAAAUGGAAUAUAUUUGUUUUGCAUUGUAAAGAAGCAAAAUGUUUUAAUGGUAACUUUAUCUAGGUGUCUGUCCUCCAAGACAUUAUAAGCAUGAACCAAUCAAAUUUAGUGUAUAAUUCAGUUUAUUAUAAAUCAGCUGUAAAGAGACUUACAAGCAAAGCACUGUUUAAAGUUUAAAUGCAAGUAUCCAAAACCCUGUGCAUUCUAAUAUCAGCAUCCAUAUUCUCCUCAUUGUCCUCUUUAUUUUUUCUAUGGUACUGACAAGGAAAACAGUCAUGAGCUCCUUCAGAUAUUGAUCAAUUCCUUUAUUCUUCUGAUCUUAUGUUUGAUUCAACAGUGAUCAUGUGUGCAGAUUCUCCACAUUGUCCUCCAUAUGUUUCCUAUGGUACUGACAAGGAAAAUCAGUUUAACAAUCAUGAACUCCUUCGGAUAUUGAUCAAUUUCUUUAUUCUUCUGAUCUUAUGUUUGAUUCACCAACAAUGAUGUAAGGAGAAAUUAGAUGCUAGUCACUCUGAAGGUUAAAGAGUAAACCUUGCACAUAUUAUUAUUAUUUUGUUUGUGAACUGUCGUUUAAUUUCUUGAUUGCAGGAGAAGAAUUCAAGAAUCACUCACACAAUUUGAAGGGAAAUAAUGACUUCCUAAGUUUAACAAGACCAGAUAUUAUAGAGGAGAUUCACAGGGUAUGGCCAAAUAACAUGUAAACUCUGUUAUUGCUUUGUGUAGAAAAAAAUUUUUGAACAGGAUAUUUUAAAUGAAGUGAAGUAUUGAAACUUUUAUAUGUUAUGUUUCUUCCCAUUCUUUAGAAGACAAAUCUAAGUUGUAAGGAAGAUUAAUAUUUAAAUACUUCUGUUAUCCAUGAUCAAAAAUUCUUUUUUUGGUUAGUUGUGAAGUUGUUUGUAAAAAAGAAUAUUUUAUUAGAAUUUAUUAAUAGCAGAAACUGUUGAAGGGAUAGAUGUGUAAAGGAAACUGCAAGCAAUGAAUUGCUGGGAGAGUAUUGGGCUGGGCUGGGGUGUUCAUAAAGUAAUUCCUGUGUCAAUUAUAUUAACAUAGAGUGUAAGAUUAUCUCCAAUGAAUUAUAUUAAUUACAGAUCCACCUUAACAUACUUACAUGUUUAAAUUAAGUUCUUAAGCGUGUUAUCUAUCUCUGUAUUCACUCCAGGGUUACUUAGAAGCAGGAUCAGAUUUUAUUGAAACCAAUACUUUUAGUGGAACAUCAAUUGCACAAGCAGAUUACGGAACUGAAAACUUGGUUAGUGCAAUUCUGCUGCAAUAAGUACAGAUACCAAAUGAACACUGUAAAGAAUGUUAGAGAACUAAAGGCUGUACCUUAAAUUAACAAUCAAAAUUUAUUGUUAACCUAUGAUAAUUGUUGGUAAUAGUUUUGAGGAAUAUUAAUUGUUAAUGAAUGACAAAAUCAUCAUCAUGAUUUAUAACUCAGAUAAUAAUGAUUUUUAUUUGUCAGUAACAAUUAUUAGUGUUAUGAUAUUUUUAUUAUUUUAGUCUGACAACUAAUACAAUAACUGUUUACCUUUCUUUUAUUAGGUGUACAGAUUAAACAAAACAUCAGCUGAAAUUGCUAAGAAGGCAGCCAUUGAGGUUGCUGUUGCCACAGGUAUAAAGUCCAUCAGAGAAUAAUGCUUGAUGUUGUUAAGCUUAUUUUCAUGUGUUUGGAAAAUCUUAGUUGAUUGGCCAUUUCACUUUUUCCCAACUUUCUCAGAUUUUGUGGAUAUAAGGGAGAUUGACACAUGUCUUUCCCAAAUCCUUCCAUAUGCCAUUUUUAUUAUUGUGUAACUCAGGGGUAUUUUAGCUAAGCAGCUAAAGUGCUACUAGCAAGUUCAAACUAUUGCCAAUGUCCCAGACAGUGGAAAUUGAAGUUUUCAUACAUUGUGAAUGAUUGCCAAUUAUUGUCGUUGAAAUUUGGGGCACAUCAGGAAAAUAGAAACACUACCAAUUUUCCAGAUUUGUCACCAACCAUCCCAGACAGUUGGCAAUCUCUAUGGUUUCAAGUUUCAUUUGUCAGAAUAAUCUGGGAUUUUCCUGACAUGAAAGCCAAACUUUACUGAAAGAGAACUGCUCCCUCACUUUUAAUUCAACAUUUUUGUUUGAUGUGAAUUAAACAUUUUUUAGUUGCAGAUUGAAGUUUAUGAAAUGUAUACUAAAUGUCAAUGAAUAGUUUCAACUGUUUACUCUAAUUUACAAUUAAUAAAAUAUUUUUAGGUGUGAAAAGAUAUGUGGCUGGUGCAAUAGGUCCAACCAACAGGACACUUUCAAUCUCACCCAGUGUUGAAAAUCCAGGAUACAGAAACAUCAGUAAGUCUAUUAGGCCUUUAACUCCCAGAUCAAAUAUGUAAUUCUCCUUUCUGUCAACCAUAUAAUUCUUAUCAUGUUAGUUCAGAGAAUUUAGUAUCAGAUCAGCCAAUUAUCCCUAAAUUUAUAUUUUUCUUAAUUCUCAUCACUUCUCUGGUUGAUAUUGUAUUAAUAUUGUAGGGAGAAAUUCUGUCUUGGUCACUCAUGGGAGUUAAAAGGUUAACACCCAAACAUCAAUAUACACAUUCUCCACAGUGCCCACUAUUCAUUUCCUAUGAUAGGCUGAGUUGGAGAAUUUCUUUAACAAAAAGACAUUCUUAAGUUGGCGAUUAUUAUUUUUAUUCUCAUGACCUCGUUGUUUGAUCCAAUGGCAAUAAUGUGUGAAAAUUUGUCAAAAUUGUCGAAUCAACUCAGCUGAUUAUGCUUACAUUAAUUUGACUAGAAAUUGUCAAUUCCACCAAGCUGAUUUUGCUUUGAAGAAUUUGACUAAAAUUCACCAAAAUCGUCAAAUCCAUGAACAUUCACUUUGGCUGACAAAAUUUUGUCAAAUCUGCCAUUUUUGUUACUGCAUGCAUUUCUGGACCUAUGCGAUACAUUGAGGAGUAAUUGAAGGCUAAUAACUCUUAGAGCUUAAAGGGUUCUUGACUAUCCUUUUGCUACUCUUUGGUCAUGAAAUGCUGUAACUAAUUGAGGCAAGAUUAUAAACAAAGGUCUUUUUGUUUCCAGACAGUAGAUGUAAGACAAUAUGUAGACAAAUGGUUUGUGUACAAGUUUGUUUUGUUUGUUCAUCAACUGAACUAAUUGUUUUUUUUUAGCCUUUGAUCAGUUGGUAGAGUCCUAUGCAGAACAAGCCAGAGGACUUUUGGAUGGUGGUUCCGAUGUUCUUAUGGUGGAAACAAUAUUUGACACAGCAAAUGCUAAGGUAAACAGGACACAUAUGUCAGUGUGGUUGUACUGUCUUGAGAUUCAAGUCUGCCUAAAGGCAACCUCCAAAAUAAAUUGCAUUUUUGCUGGUGAGGUUUUUGAACUGUUUGCUGGUAGUUAAAAAAAAAAAAUGACAAAUACUUGAUGAACUGUUGCUUUUGCUCAUGGUGACUUCAGCAACUAACAAAAAAUAAGGGAAAACUCCAAAGGGGAGUCAGAAGCGACAGCAUGCAAAAGCUUGUCAGGGGACCUUCACCUGUGCCUGUGGCUUUUAUUAUAUUUUGAUUUUUGGAAGGUUUCUUUUGACAACAAGUGCCACAGAGUAAUUCUGUAGUUUUUGUAUCUUGAUUUAACACUGUAACUCCCACGAUGCAAGAAGUCAUUCUCCCAAAUGGGAAACUAGACAGGAGAAUUCAUUUUGAAUCAUAACAAGCCUCUCUUUUCUAAUAACCUGUUUCCUAGAUAAUGUAUCUGAACUGCAAUGGGAAGUUACAAGUUAAUUUACAAGGUUAAAAACCUGUGUUAAAGUUUUAAACAUGACUAUUUUUCAGGCAGCGUUAUUUGCUAUUGAGCAGCUCUUUGAAAAGGAAUACAAGCCAGUUCCAAUAUUUGUAAGUAAUCAUGAAAACAAAAUGUGUGGAAAUUUUAAUGAUUAUUCUUACAGACAGGCAUGUACACCUUCCAUUGACACAUACAAUUAUUGAUAUAAAAUAUUUUAUUUUAUUGACAGUAUGAGGUGUGGUUGAAAGGAUUAACUUGUCUUUGACAGUUGUCAGUGGCAUAUUUUGGUUCACCAUAUUUAUAAAUCAUUUCCUUUAGGUGUCAGGCACAAUUGUGGAUAAGAGUGGUAGAACAUUAUCUGGUCAAACCACUGAUGGGUUUGUGAUCAGUGUGUCCCACUCCAAGCCUCUGAGGUAGGUUGAAGAAAUGGGGACUGUAGAAAUGCACAAUGGGGACAGCAAUGAGAAUGUAGUGAAACAAAAGAUGUAAUGAGCCAAACGAUAGCAAAACAUGUGCGUUUUAAAACUUUGUACAUUUCGUAGCUGUCUCAUACAGGAACAAAAGUGUAAAAUCAUCAAUUUUCACUUCCUCUUAGCAAGGAAACCUCAACAGCAAUUUAGUCACACUUCAACUUUGAACUCAACACUACAUAUAAAUGUUAUGUCGAUGUGAAGAUGUCAUGCUGUCAGAAAUGCAGUGAAUUAGAUUUUUUCAACCAGUACUUGUUGCCAUAAUGACAUCCUCUACUCCUGAAGAACAAUGCGCAUGUAACAGAUGCUUCACAAGCUAAUUUUAACCCCUUAACUUCCAUGAGUGACCAAGAUAAAGACCCCAUCCAAGCCCCUCCUCCCAAACAAAAAUACCAAAUUUAUUAGAUGAUGAUAAAAAUUAAUGUCUAAGCCAAGGGGGGGGAAGAGGAGGGAAAUCAUCUUGUUGUGGGCAUUAAUGUUUCUGCACUUGUUUAUUUGCAGCAUUGGACUCAACUGUGCCUUAGGAGCUACUGAAAUGAGGCCAUUCAUAGAAGCCGUGGGCUUGUGCACAACAUCCUAUGUUCUCUGUUAUCCUAAUGCAGGUAAUUGGAGGACUUCAAUUUAUUUUUUUUUCACAACUUUGGUGAGGGUAGGAACCCCUUUACACCCUAACAUAAGUAUACAUAAUCUCCAUACUGUCCUCUAUACAUUUCCUAAGAUGCCAACAAGUAGAAUUAGUAGAGCAAUCAAGAGCUUCUUUAGUUGGCGAUCAUUUCCUCUCUUCUUGUGACCUUCAAAUGUUUGAUUGAUUGACUAACGAACUAAUCAACCAAAGGCAACUGACUUUGCGGUUACCCAGCUAAGCAAGAACUAUCCAAUUUUAAACAAAGUAAAAAUGACUGCAUGGUGUAAAUAAACGAUUAUUUGCCUUAGGACUGCCAAAUACUUUUGGAGGUUAUGAUGAAACACCAGAGAUGACAGCAGAACAUUUAAAGGUAAACCAUGUGUUAACACAUAUCUUAACAGCAUGUAGAUACACUAUCAUCUUCUUCUGUGCACACCAUUCUAUGCCUUAAUUAUUUGCACAGAAUUAUUAUUAAUCUUGUAAUGACCUUAGUGUGCCUUUCAAAAAUUUCAGAAUUUUGCUAAAGAUGGUCUUGUGAACCUUGUGGGAGGCUGUUGUGGUACAACACCAGCUCAUAUCAAGUAUGUACAUUAAUUCGAUAAAAGAUUUAUUGAUGCAUUAGUGCAACACAAUUGUCGCACUAGUCUGUUGUAAACUUGGUCAUCAAUGUUGCAGUGUCUUCCAAGGUACAACAUGUUUUUAGAAUCAGGAAACAAUCUCUUGCCAGACCACCUUCCCAAUGGGACCUGUCACUUGAGAGGCAAAUUGCUAUCCAGUGCACCAAGUUUACUUAGCAUUUUUGACUACAAGAAUGUGCUUUCAUUAAAAAGGCCAUAUGUGUGAAAUGUAACUUUUGCUUAACCAAAAGCUAUAAAAAACAGUGGACUUGAUAUUUCACCCUGCAUAGUUUGUUUUCCAAGUUCUCUGGCUUUACAUUCUCUCUGACUGCAUUAGUAUAGAAUUUGCACUACUGGAAACAUGCAUUCUUGCUAACUGCCAUAUUCUUUGAUACCUUAGUAAAAUCUCUUUGAUGCCAUUCCAUCGUCAUAAUCCUGUGAAAUUAAAUCUCUUCAAUGCUGGCUGCUCUAACAACUCUUUAUUAAAAUUUUUAUCUUAUUUUGGUUUAGAGCAAUAGCUGAGGCAGUUAAACCUUUCAAACCAAGACCAUUACCAGAAGAUCAUUAUGCUAAUGCCAUGAAUCUUUCAGGUACGUGUCUUUUCUUGAGCAACAAGGAAUUGCCUUGCUUGUACCUGUUGAACUUGCUUUUUUUUCUCAGAGUAAAUGAAAUUUCCUUUGGUGGCAUUUAACAUGUAGGUCUUGAACCCAUGAGAAUUACACCAGACACCUUGUUUGUAAACAUUGGGGAGCGUUGCAAUGUUGCUGGGUCCAGGAGAUUUUGCAGGCUGAUUAAGGAAGGGAAAUUCGAGGUAAGGAAACUGAAUUAUGUCAACCAGACAAGGUGAUCAACACUAGCUUCUUAGUUUCUUCAAGCACUGAAAAAUUUGCCACUCUUGGAUGUAGUAGUUGUGUAUUUAUUUUUUAAGCCUUUAUUUCUCUGUAUCACACAGGAAGCACUAGCUGUAGCCAAGCUGCAGGUGGAGAAUGGCGCCCAAGUUUUAGAUGUUAACAUGGAUGAAGGCAUGUUGGAUGGAGUGUCGUCCAUGUCAAAAUUUGUCAACUUGAUUUCGUCAGAACCAGAAAUUGCAAAGGUAUCAGUAUAUAAGAUUUGAAUACUUAUUGACUUUGGAAAAAAGAAUUAAAAAAAUGAAACUAAAACGAUAAAAAUGGCUACUUGAAGUAUUGUUUAUGUUCACAUCUCUUUGCACAUUUUUAAAAUGUAUGUUUUGGUAGUAUUCUAAGAUUUUAUUGAAUAUUUUUCCUGCAUCCUUCUUUACUUUGUGUUAUAUGUUUGUUUGUUUGUUUAUAUGCAUUGUUCCUAUCGUCUUCAUAUUGUUUUUGCCCAUUGUAAUUUACAGUUUUACCACUGCAGUGAAGUGAUAUAUCGAGCCGUACUUACGGUUAUUGUCAUUUUUUUUUCUGCACCAGGUCCCUCUCUGUAUUGACUCGUCCAACUUUGACGUGAUAGAGGCUGGGCUCAAGUGCACUCAGGGAAAAUGUAUCGUGAACAGCAUCAGCUUGAAAAACGGAGAGGAAGACUUUUUGGAGAAAGCAAAGAUCAUCAAACGUUAUGGUGCUGCUGUUGUAGUGAUGGCAUUUGACGAGGAAGGACAGGUAAGCGCUGCGGCUGGGAAUAGUUUUCAUUUGACUAUACAUCUAGUCAAUCAGUACUUCAGAAAUAAUUUGUUGACAAUUGACUCCUUUGUCUUACAGGCUGCAGAAUUAGAAGACAAGAUCAAAAUUUGCACUCGUUCUUACAACUUACUGGUGUCCAAAAUAAACUUCAACCCCAAUGACAUCAUCUUUGACCCAAACAUUCUCACAGUUGCCACAGGAAUGGAAGAACACAACAACUAUGGAAAGUACUUUAUUGAAGCCACCAGGGCUAUAAAGGUUCGUGUUUUUAUGGUUAUCGUUAAGCUAGAUGUAAAGUAAUUUCGUCAUUCAUUUUUCAAACCGUGGGUUGGAACCAGCUAUUUACACAUUCGCGUCCACUUAUCCAAAAUGGUAAUUACAGUUCACAUCAUAAAACGUGUUUACAGAAAUCUAGAACGUAAUUUGUACAAGAUUAAAAGAAAUUGAUUUACCAUGGAUUUUAUUUUCUUUCUAGCAAACCCUUCCAGGUGCAAGAGUCAGUGGUGGCCUCUCCAACUUUUCCUUCUCGUUCCGUGGAAUGGACGCAAUAAGAGAAGCCAUGCACAGUGUAUUCCUGUACCAUGGGAUUAAGGUUAAAUUAAAUUCCUAAUGUAAUCCAUGGUUUAGGCAAUAUUGAGUUUCUUUCAAAUCUCACCUCAAAAAGAGAGCGUUCCAAAGAUAAACGGGGAGAAAUAAUGAUCAAAAAUUAAAAAAAUUAGUACAGUUGUUAAUAGUAGUUUGAGUCGUGGCACAUCUUGGUCCACCGAUUCUUAAAGGACUGGUCCCGGAGAGAAAGGCAAACCUAAAAACCUAGAAAAAAUCUGUUACCGAAGGACACGAAACAAUUACAAGCUCAAUCCAUAUUUGACUCGCCUGUAAGCACGCUCCUUUUAUUAGCGCUGCAGAACGUGCGUUUCUCCACCGGCGGAGAGAUUUGAGACGAGUGGACGAGAGUUUUUGGCACUGCCUGAAAAUGCUAGACCCCUUGUCGACUUCUCACCAAUUUCCGUCGCUCAAGGCCUCGUACUUUCCCGCCGGCACGCUCGUGCCGAAGGAUUAUAUUUGACAUCAGAUCCAAGAAUCAAACACUGACCAGUUAUGGGAGGGAAGUACUCCCACUCAGUGACAUCCUAGCUCUGCUGAAGAUUUCUUUCUUUAUUUGCAGUGAGGUUUUUACAGUCAUGAUCAUGUGAUUUUCUUGCAGGCUGGCUUGGAUAUGGCCAUUGUGAAUGCUGGUAAUCUGCCUGUGUAUGAUGAUAUCGAGCCAAAGCUUCUACAAUUGUGCGAGGAUUUAUUGUGGAACAGAGAUCCAAACAGCACUGAAAAACUGCUGCAGUAUGCUCAGGUACGUAUACUUUGGUGUAUGAUAAGAUAAUUUGGUUUUAUCAACUGAGUUGAUGAUGCGAAUGGGCCACCGUAAAGAGUUUAUAAGCUAACCGGCGUUUCGAGCGUUAGCCCUUCGUUAGGAAUGAUUCGCUCUGACAGAGGGCUUACACUCGAAACGUGAGCUCUCUACGGUGACCAUUUUGCAUUAUCAACUCAGUUAUCAAAACCGAAUUAUUUUAUUAUUAUUAUUAUUAUUAUUAUUAUUAUUAUUUGAAUUAUCUCACCCCUCGAGUAUAAAACAAGAAAUAAAUGUCUCUGUCUGGGGUUUUAGUGAGAGCCGGUUAUAGGAGGAGUAAACUCACCCCUUCCCGAGGGGAAAGGGGCCUCACCUUCAUUACCACAGCCGCCUAUUAACCAUGGGUAGAUGCUUAUGGGAAAAGUUAGUGAAACCUCUGUCUAUAUGAUAUUUCUGUGAUGCACAGGGAAUGGGCAAAGGAGCGAAGAAACAGGUAACCACAGAUGAAUGGAGAAAUGGAAACGUGGAAGAGAGGUUGGAGUAUGGCUUAGUGAAGGUAAUAACACAAAAACAUUAGUUUAACUCUUUACACCUUAACAUCAGUAUACAAUUUCUCCAUACUGAUCUCUAUACAUUUCCUAUGGUACUGACAAAGUGAAUUUGGUUAACAGUCAAGAGCUUCUGUAGCUGGUGAUCAUUUCUUUUAUUCUCAUGACCUCAAUGUUUGUUUUAAGGGUGAUACUGAUAGGGGAAAAUAGUUACUGAUCACUCUUUAAGGGUGAAAGGGUUUUGAAACAAGCAAUUGUUAAAUGUGAAAAAGUGAUACAAUUUAAUUUUGCAAUCUUCUAGGGCAUCGACAAAUUUGUGGUAGAGGAUACCGAGGAGGCCAGGCAAUGUUCAGAGAGAUAUCCCCGUCCGUUGAACGUAAUCGAAGGACCAUUGAUGAAGGUAAGGUUUUGUCACAAUUCAUUGUCCCUAAGUCGGUUGCUGAAAACGAGAAAAGAAAAAGGUGGGACAUCUUGAUAGCAAAUUAUAGAUGACUUACUUUGGGUCGAGGAUCCGUCGUUAAAACUGACCUGUGACUUCUGUUUCCUUAUAGGGUAUGGGAGUGGUUGGAGAUCUGUUUGGUGCAGGAAAAAUGUUCUUACCUCAGGUAGGAAGAGCAAAUCCACUCCGUUUCAAAAACAUAAAGAGACAGACUAAUAAGGAAGGACUGACUGUCUGACUGACCAACUGACUGACUGACAGGCUGACUGACUGACUAAUUGACCGACUGAUAAUUGACAGUUUAAUAAUUCAUUUCUCUGAAGCACACCGUAUAAUAAAAAAUCAUACUGCGUUCAACAGGUUAUUAAGUCAGCUCGUGUUAUGAAGAAAGCUGUGGGUCACCUGAUCCCAUUUAUGGAAAAGGAGCGCGAGGAGAAACUGGCCGAGAGGGGAGUUGGGCCCGAAGAUGACCUUUCGGUAAGUAUGAGUCCCUAGUAUCACUUAAGUAACUUGAGCUCAGUAUACUUUUGGCUAAUGGAACCCUGUUAUGGAGCGCUUCAAGUUUUCAUGUCGCGGUGGAAAUCAAAGACGAGAUGACAAUGAAAAAAAAAAAGCUUUGAAUCAUUACAGUCAGUCAAACCAAAAGGUGAUGGUAGACAGAAAAAUUGAAAAAAGAAGGAAUCUGAAAAGGCUCCGUUGGUCGUCAAACAUUUCAUUUCUCGGAAAAAUACUUCUAGUAAUUAUUAUUUUAUUCUUUAUUUGUCUGUUUUCAGAGCCGUUACAAUGGAACAAUUGUCUUGGCUACUGUCAAAGGGGAUGUACACGAUAUUGGCAAGAAUAUUGUGGGAGUUGUGUUGGGCUGCAACAACUACAGGUAAAAUGAUACACGAUUGUUCUUAAUUUAAAGAAAUUACAAGGAAAUUGUUUUAUAACUUUUUCUCGUCUUUAUUGUCUACAGGGUUAUUGACCUUGGUGUGAUGACGCCGUGCGAGAAGAUCUUACAGACCGCGAUGAAGGAAAAGGCCGACAUUAUUGGUUUGUCAGGUCUAAUUACUCCGUCACUGGACGAAAUGAUUCACGUCGCCAGAGAGAUGGAGAGACAAGGUCUCAAAAUACCACUGCUUAUUGGAGGAGCAACAACUUCCAGGUAAUUUUUCUUUGUAUGAGCUGAAUGCAGGCGACACUGGGCAAUUUUAGGCGCAACAACUUUGACCGAAGGCUAUACGAUGGCAUUUUCUACUUUUGUCCAUACACUGGGCAUCCUAAAAGAUUUUCGCCUAUGGCCUUAAUUGACCCAUAAAAUCUUCUGUGUGUCACUGGCUGAAAGUUAAGAAUUCAAUUUGAGCUAGAAGUAUAAUUCUGUAUUACUUCUCUACACUUUGAUAAGCAUUCCGUAUUUCGCGGUUUUGUUUUGGUUUUUUUUUUAAUCCAGGACGCACACGGCUGUGAAGAUCGCUCCGCGUUACACGGAGCCUACUGUCCAUGUUCUCGACGCUUCCAAGAGUGUUGUGGUGGUAAGGCAGCUUGAUCGUACUCUUACAUUUCGUGUUGUGUUUCGUGGCUUUUUUUUUAUCGAUUUGUAACUUGAUAAUCUGUUUGCAUAGUGCUCAGCGUUGAUUGAUCAGAGCGCUAAGGAGGACUUCAUGGAAGAAAUCAAAGAGGAGUACGAAGAGAUUCGAGACGAGCAUUACGAUUCUUUAAAGGUGAGAGAAAUGUCACUGGGUGUCACAAUAACACCCACCAAGGUUGCAGUGUUCGUCUCUUUUCUCUCUACAGGGGAUUCAGCCAAGAUGCUACGUCCUUAAUUUGUUUUGGUUUAGAAGGAUUAGAAGUUGAAUUGGAUGCAGACGUGUUUGACGUGUUUAAAAUCUAUGUCACAGUAUCACUAAGGUAUUUCAACACUUCCCUUGAACCUCCGAGAACUUGAAUUCUCUUAAAAAUCGCUCAGAGAGGGUUUUUCUGUAGGGAGAAGCCUCUGCGUAAGAUUUGGGGGCGUAUACUUCUUUAUCUACCCUUCAAAUUUGAUACGUGAAGCGCUACUACCUUUGACUGGCAAUACGUUUUGUUUUUCGUUCAUGAAAGAAAGAAGGAUUAAAACCUCUUAUCUUUUUUCGGCUUCAUAUUUCAGCACAUUUACUAAAAUGGUAUGAUUUUUUUCUUUCUUUUUGGCAGGAUCGCAAGUAUUUGUCCCUUGAGAAAGCCCGCACGAAGAAGUGCAAUCUGGACUGGGUUGACUUCACUCCAGGUUCUUACUUAAAACUGCUUUACAAAUAACUUGAAAGUAUGAUUCAGUCCUUUCCGAAAUUGGAACGUCGUUGUUGUGUAACAUAUAUUGUAGCUGGUUUUUGUAGAUAUCUUCAGUAAACAGAAAAUUUCUCUGCUUGAAGCUCCAUUCAAGGAUUGUUAUCCAAUGACACCUUUGAUUGGCUGGUGCUCAGAAAGAAACAGCCAAUCAGAGACGAUGCGCAGAUCUCUAGAGAGCUACGUCAUCAGCUGUUUUUCUGGUAAAACUUUUCAAGGGGAGAUAAACUCGAAUUUUUUUAACAUAACUGAUUUUUUUCCUUGUUUUUCAGUGCGGCCUUCGUUCUUGGGUGUCAAGGUGAUCGAUGAUUGCGAUUUAAAUGAUAUUAUUCCUUAUAUUGACUGGAAACCUUUCUUUGACGUAUGGCAACUGCGUGGAAAAUAUCCCAACAGGGGGUACCCUAAAAUCUUCCAGGAUAAAACUGUCGGUAAGUGUAAGAAUAUGAAACUUAAAACUACCUGAAACUUAAAAUUUGUAUUAUCACCGAUUGUUUCAUUUUUGUUAGGUGUUUACUCGUCUUCCAUUAGUGUCCUUUGUCCCAGUUUUUCUUGUUAUAUUUAUUUCAUAUGGUAUAUAUAGUAAUUUAUUUGGUUAGUUGUCUAGUUUUAAAAUGCAACAUGUUUUCGUAUUUAUGUGGUUUGGUAUCCAUACGAGUGAUUAGCGUUUACGUUCAACACCGAAUGUAUUGGUAUCCAUACCACACCGAUUAUUUGGCAAUCAGGUAAUGAGAAUUCUCAAACGUAUCAGGUUUAAGUUGUUAUCUUGAUCCAACACCAAAAUCUCUUAAAUGGUUUACAAGGAAAUGUGAAGCCGCUAGAAGGGAGAAUUAACAAUCAGAUCUUGGGAAUUAAAGGGUUAACCUUGGAUUGUGUUUGCUUCCUCCUCAGGCGAAGAAGCCAAAAAAUUGUUUAACGAUGCCCAAGACAUGUUAAAGACGAUCCUUGAGACGAAAUCACUUCAACCGACUGGAGAAGUGGCCUUCUUUCCAGCUAACAGUGUCGGGGAUGACGUUCAUAUUUUUGAGGACGACAACAAACGAGAGGGUUCCCCACGGGCUGUGUUCUACGGCUUGAGACAACAGGUAGGCAAGCGCAGCGUGCAGACUCUCUCUGACCUCGAGAUAACACUUUGUUAAGUAGAAGUCUUCGUGCCCUUUUAUGGAAAUUUCAAUAACUAUACCUAGUAUUUAAGCUAUGUUAUUUUAGUAAGUAGUUAGUUCGUUCUUCUUAACUUUCCCAUUGUAUUAGCUCGGAACAAAAGAAAAUGUUCGCCCUACCAAGCCGAUACAGAGUUGUCACUUCGUUUGAUAAAGAAAAUAUACGUGAAAAGAGGUUUCGUUUCAUUAAGGAACCAUCAAUGAUUUAUCACCUGUUGGGUGGAGGAUUUUGGGGCGGGGGGGAUGGAGGGGAAUCAGUCGUAGCUAACAGAGUAUAAAGAGGGGACUAAAAUAGUUGACUGCCAGUAAGGGGGGGGCUUAAGAGGGAUCAGGUAAAUUUAAUUGUGACAUUACCAAAAUUUUUCUUCCCUAUCCCCCGGCGAUAAAUAAUGGCCGGUCUCUAAGUGAAUGAUUUUAAACACACACUGAAAACUUGUGAUACUUCCGUAACUUAGUGAAAAUAUUAGAAUAAAAAUAAAUAUCACUUUUACGAUAGUGCUUUCCGCGUGACUCGCGCCACCAUCAGUUUACUGUGUCUUCACAGUUUACUUUGCUUUUACACAUUACUGAAAACGGAAUUGACCCCAGCAGAGCGCCAAGGCACUUUAUUUGUGUGCGAACUUAACCUCUCCUCACUCUAAGCAAACAUUUUAAGUCAUAUUUCCGUUCUAAACGAAUUGUGUCUCAUUUUCAGGCCGAAAAGGAGCAUGGUGUUGAAGAUCCAUAUCACUGUCUGUCUGACUUUGUAGCACCGCUGGACUCAAAUAUCAAGGACUACGUCGGAUGCUUUGCUGUAUCUAUUAUGGGCGCCGAGGAGAUGGCUAAAAAGUACGUAGCUAAACGGCAUAUAACCCCUUUACAUCCUAACAUCAGUAUGCAUAUUCUCCAUACUGAUCUCUAUACAUUUCUUAAGGUGCUGAACAGGAGAAUUUGUUUUAUAAAUUAAGAGUUUCUCUAGUCGGUGAUCAUUUCCUUUAUUCUCGUGCCCCUAGUACUUGACUCAGAGGUGAUGUUGUAAAGAAAGUUAGUUGCUAGUCACUCGUAGGGAUUAAAGUGGAGAAAAUUGACGUGGAUGGAAUCUUUAAACGUUUUGAUAUAGAAACCAAGUGAUAGUACAUGACUUGUUGUCAUUGAGGUCGGCUGGUAUAAAAGAGGUAAAGCGUGGCGUUUACGGCAAAUGGCAAUCAUUUAGUUUUAAGCUGUCUCCUUUCAGUCGAUUUCACACUGAAGUCAGAGGAUUUGAAUUUAUGAAGACGAUUUUUCCGUAUUUUUCACAAUGUUGGUGUUAAGAUUUAGAGCCAAAAAAGUUCUUUCAAUUAGAGUUACUUUUAUCGUUUGCUUAAACUCACUAAGUUAAAUCAAUGAUAGUUAAACAUUAUAAAUUUGCCCUCGGAAUGCCGAUAUCGCCCUCAGUGAUAAAUAGCUUAUUUUUAGAAUUUAACGGAAUGUAAUGUUUAUUCUCUGCUUCUCAGAUUUGAUGAAGAUCUUGACGAUUACAGUGUUAUUAUGGUAAAGGCACUUGCUGACCGCUUGGCCGAAGUGAGUAACAUUUCCUCCAAUUCAGCGACGUUUAAAAUCCUUUCGGAAAUAUCUAAACUGUUGUGUUUAUCGAAGGAGCUACUCUGCGGCCUUCGACCUGUCUGAAUCGUCCACUUUAAAGUCAUAGAUCCCCCACUUGGGCUUUCCUGUUUCUCUCGAGUUCUUCCUUGGUCUUAAUCAUCAAGUACUUAAGUUAUUUUAAUGUAUGAGUUGAAUUGUAAAGUCUUGUAAUUGUAAUUGUAAGCCUUGCUCUAUUCUUGUAUUUUUCCUUGUACCAGGCCUUUGCAGAGGAACUUCAUGAACGUGUGCGCAAGGAAUUAUGGGGUUACUGUAGCGAUGAAGUUCUGGACGCGAAGGACUUACUCCGAAUCAAAUACCAGGUAAGUAGUGGUGUGUGAUUCUGAACAAUGGCUGACGGUGAUCGCCGUCAUUCAUGGCUGGAAGACUGGACCCUAGAAUAACGAUCAAAAUUUUAAGGUCUCUCUCUUAAAAAUAGACCUAACAGUGAAAAAGAGCGUGGUUCCAAUAAUGAUAUAUCCAUAGAGUACGUCCCUAAGUCAUGAAAAUAUUUGUCACUUUUUAGAAUUAAAUUUCCUCGGCGUUGACAAUGCUUGAAUUUGAAGACUGGACAACAUAAGUAAUGCAUAGCAACCUCUUUACUUUACUUCUCCAGGGAAUUCGGCCGGCACCGGGUUACCCAAGUCAACCGGACCAUACAGAGAAAAAGACCAUGUGGGAUUUAAUGAACUGUGAGAAACUAACUGGAAUCAAGUUGACAGAGUCGCUGGCCAUGGAUCCCGCUGCUUCAGUAUCGGCGGUUUUCUUCGCUCAUCCUAAAGCUGUUUACUUCUCAGUGGGAAAAAUCUGCGAAGACCAGGUAGGACACAAGUUACGCUUUGUGAAAUAACAGAGCGAUGAAAACCAAGCGCCUUUCCUCGCUCUCUCCCCCACCGUCCACUCGAGCUCUAAAUUAAACAUGGCCGGUCGAAUAAACGAACGCGAGCUUUUUGACGUUCACUCGCCUUAAGAUGACGCCUUCAAUGCAGGCUAUCUGCUUCAGUGAUAGGCUCCAAAACAAAAACUCGCGCUAAAGCUGGGUAAAACGGAUCAUGCCUUGGAAAAACGCUCAAGCAGACAAACUAGACGAAAGUUAACUUUGAAGUGUUCUUCACAUGCGGUGGCUAUGAUACAGUUCCCACUAAUAAUUGCGCCUUGUUUUCCUCUCUUUCUCUCUCACUAAGGUGAAAGAUUAUGCGGAACGAAAGGGAAUGCCAAUUGAGGAAGUCGAAAAAUGGUUAUCUCCUAUCCUCUCCUACGACAGAGACUAAACGCAAACAGAAUAAUAUUUAUCAAGAGAAACGCUUGUCGCUGUCUUGUUCACGUACUCAAUCUCGUUCCAAGAUGAUGCUCUUGAGAGCAACCUAUCCUUCGCAGAUCUGAUGUGCACGUGCCUUUCCAGCGGCGUGUCUUUUUCGCACGUUUUGGGAUCGUGUUCUACGCGGAAAUGGGCAAAUAACAUUAAGGACCCGAAUCUUUGUAAAUGAAAGGUGAACUCGAUAGGAAACGCUUGAUAGGCGGAGUACUAAGUAUAAAAGUAUCAAUUAUGUUGGUUCAAUCCUCAAAAGUCUAUUUAAAUUAUAAUGCACUACUGCAAGGCAUAACGGGUUUUCUGGGCUAUGUCAGCGUUAUAUCCUCUGACGAGGUGAGUUUGGUAAAAUGAAGUAAAUGUUUUCGAAAUGCACGAUGUUGGUAACUAUCCGUAAUGGAUUACUGUUGUCUAGGAGUUCGCUAUGUAAUAGUUUACCUUUGAAAAUAUGUUUUGUGGGAAGUAUUAUACUGAAACUGCUUAUAGUAUCGUGACAUUUAACAAGCAUGAUUAAUAACCUUGAACUUGAACUUUCAGAAUUUCAAACAUGUUCCUUCUCCCGCCGUUUCAGUACUUAAAAUCUUGCAAGUAGACACGGGGAGCAGGCUAGCGAAUCGGCAAGAAGGUGUUAUCUCGUUCUAACACUAAACAGUGUUCAAUAAGAAGCGUAGCGAAAGGAGAAGGCAGAUAGGAAUGGAGAAUUCAUGUUAUUUAAGGUUAAUGAUAUUCUUUAUUGUACAUCAUAAUACGUUUUAUAUCGUGGCUCCGAUUAUUACGCACAACAGCCCUU